GACCUUUCAGCUUUACAUGUAGGUAACUACUAUAAAUACUCGAGCGCUCACGUCUUGAAUCAUAAGUCACUUGUGCUUUGCAGAACAGCAUCUGCGUGAAUCUUUGACGAUGAUUGUCAAACCAAUAGUGGUGCUAUGCUGCCUCGCAGUGGCUGUGCUUGCCAAGCCAUCGGAGAAAUAUACCGAUAAAUAUGACAACCUGAACAUUAAGGAGAUUUUGGAAAGCAAGAGAUUGUUAAACGGGUACUUCCAAUGUAUGAUGGAUAAAGGCCCGUGCACCAGCGAAGGCAAGGAAUUGAAGGAGCAUAUGCAGGACGCUCUUGAGACCGGCUGUGAAAAAUGUACUCAAGCCCAAAAAGACGGAGCUUAUACUGUCAUCGAGCAUCUAAUCAGCAAGGAAAGAGACAUGUGGAAGAAACUGUGUGAGAAGUACGACCCCGAGGGUGUGUGGAGGAAGAAGUAUGAAGACAUCGCUAAAGAAAAAGGAAUUGUUAUUCCCGAAGAUUAAGCAAAAAUAUGUAAAUUGCUACAAAGAUUUUUUCUAUCGCGUUUGGAUCGCUUUAAAUAAUUUUUAAUGAACUAUAGUUUGUGGGUUUUUGUAAUAAAAAGAUCACAUAAUUUAUUACGUUUA